AUGCACUAAAAGUUAAUGGAGUUAGAGAAAAAAAUUAUAGCAAAUUAAUUUGAUGAAAAAAAGUUUGUGAUAUAAUUUUAAUCAUUGUUCAAUAAUUAUAACUUAAACAAAGAGGAAUAAGCUACCAAGCUUAUUAACUAGCUUAAAAUUUCUAUUGAUCAUGUACAGAAGCUAUAGACUAUUGUAGGAGUUAUUGAUAAGGCAGCAAAAUACAAUAUCUUUUUAUCAAAGGAGUUUGAAAUAAAGCUCUUAAACCGUGGCUUAUAUCUUAUAAAGAACGAAAAAUAUUACAAUAUUAAAAGCGAUGAAGGUGAUUUAAUUAGGGCUUUAACACUUGUUGCUGGAUUAAAGAAAAUAAGACACCUCAGCUUUUAUGAAAGUAUAAUUGAUAUUAUUAAAAAUGAAGAAAUAUCAAAGAAAAAUUUACUUACAAUUAUUGAGACUCUCACUUACAAUAAAUUGCUCCCUCAAUUAAAAAACGGUAACGAUAUAACUGACUGCCUUGCAAAGUUAUCUCGACUAACUCCUAACGAUUUAGAAAUAUUUUCUCCUGUUUCUAAUUUAAUUUGCUAUUAUUUGAAGAACAAACAAACUAUAUCUUUAUUCAACUAAAAUACCAAGUUCUCAACUGUAAGCGAAGAAAUCUUUAAAAGCAUUCAUAAUUGUUUGUUUACUUUGCUUUCUUAAUAAACUCCCGAUAAACUAGAUGUUUUCUUAAUAGCAGAAAUUUAAAAUCACUUAGAAAUGUUUGCCAAAUUAUCACAAAAGGAAGAAGCUCUAUUUAUCUAAAGAAAGUUUAACAAUUUAUUCAAUCAGUAUAUGACAAGAAACUUUGCUUAAAAGCAAUACUACGAUUACGAAAAGGUUUUAAGAUAUGUAAAGAAAUUCAUAGCAGCUCCUCCAAUUGUUUUAAAUCCCAUAAUCGUUAAACUAAUUGGAUAAACAUAUCAAACUGUCAACCCCAAUAACAUUUCUGAAAUUGUACCCUUCCUUUAUUUCCUCUCAAAGACUGUCCAAAAUUUCAAAGUACCUUACGAAAGUUAAUAGGUGAUUGAAAAGAAUUUGCAAUAAGAGAAAAAUAUAAUUAUGCUUAGUAAGUUGAUGGAGAUUUAUGCUACUACUCAUUAUUCAAAUGAUUAAAAUAUUUAAGAUUUAGAGUAGAGAAUCAUUUAGCUUAGUAGUUACAGUGCUAACCCUACUUCUCCUUUGCUGAUUUUGUUUUAAUCAUUAGCAAACAUGCAUAGAGGUUAGACUCAAUCUCUUCGUUAUAUUGUUGACUACUUUAAAUAUCCUGGAGUGCUCGAUAAAAUUGAAUUCUUUGAUUUGAUUGUUAAGUUUAUUCCUUCUUUAGCUAUUAAAACAAAAGAGCUUUACAAAUUUGCAACUAAUAUGGGAUUUUAAUCUUAAACCAACUUAAUAGAUGACACAAACAGAAUAGAUUUAGAUUUCUAAAACAGUUUGGAAUAAUUAUGGGAUAAGGUUGAAUCUUUAGUCAUUUCAAGGAUAGAUGAAAUUUAUUACGAUAAAUACCCUACUCUUUUAUUACAUUUUAUGUAUGCAAACUUAAUGAAGAACAAGUAUAAGCGCAUAUUUUUCAUUCUACAAUAAAGAGUUACUCAGUAUUUAGACAAGUAUACUCCUAAAUAAGUUAGUGAGAUAAUUUAUUCCUAUGCAAGAAUGCAUGAAAAAAACAAUGAGUUAUUCUUUAAAUCAAUACCAAUUAUUUUAAAGAACAUAGAUUAAUUCAACACUAUCGAAUUAAUCAAUAUUUAUUGGGGAUAUGCUAAUGUGCGUAUAUAUGAUAACUAGCUUUGCACUGCAUUAGAAGAAAGCAUUAUGAAAGAAUAAACUAAGGUUAAUCCUGAAGGAUAUAUUCAAUUUUUCCAUGCCAUAGGUAUUUUCAGUAGACAAAUAAAUUCUGGUUCUAAGUUAGACGAGUUUAUUCGCUCUAAGAUAUACAAUCUAGAUUAGUUGAAGAUAAACGUUCAACAACAAUUUGCUUUGGCCUAUGCUAUUUUGCUCUUCAACAACAGAAGCUAAUAUUCUCUCUUUUGGGAAAAUAUAAUCAACCUAAUCUUGUAAAACCAAUCCAAUUUCAUAUCAAGUCCUCUAUACAUGAAUUAUUUGUAUCAAAUCUACAUACAUCUUAGAUACUCUGACUCAAUAUUCUUACCCUGUAUGUAGAUUCUUCUCUAAGUGUUAAUUAAAAAUAGAGAUUCACUUAUCCGUUUUUACAAAGUCAAUAAAAGAUACACUAGCUCCGAUCUUGAGAAAAAAAUUACCUAAGUAAUUGAUGAAAAAAUAGCUGCUCCUUAAAAUGACCAAAAAGUCUUUGUAGUCUAAAUCAAAAAUGAUAUUCCAUUAAUUUUCUAUGAUGACUUAAGAGAGCUGGAGUAAAAUCCUAAAUUCCCUGAACAUGAAUUGAUAAUACCUUAUACUCUGGAUUGUAGAAAGGGUGCUUUAUGUUUCGAAGUAAAUGGACCAUAACAUUAUUUGAGUGAUAUAUAAAAUUAAUCUAGUCUUGAUGGCGUUACAUUGCUUAAGAAAAAUUUCCUUGAGUAACUCGGCUUUAAGUAUAUUGAAAUAAAAUACACAGAAUUUGUUCCUGGUAUAGUAAAAGAAGACAGCUUGCUUACUUAAAAAGUAAUGGAUAUUGUAAAAGAAUAAAUGAAAGACGUUAACACAAAAAAAGUUUAGUAAUGA